GACACGUCCUGCUCGCGAAUGCGCUCACUACUCUCAUUAUUGCUCGUCGCUGCGACGGCGCGGGCAGCCGUUCUCAGUCUAUAUGCCCCCCGUGUCACUACAUUUGACUCCACUGGCGCAGGGAUACGCACCGAAAAUAUCAAGACGCCUGAACCAGUCAAAAUCCCACUCACACUUGGUGCAACCGACUCCUUGAAGCUUACAUUCACGGUUGUGAAGGAAGACACCACCGAUGGCGUUCAGCCUUUACAGACUUUCCUUCGUUUCUAUGAUCGUGUGUCUGGUGAGGAGGGCAUACAGCCGCUUCGCGUGACUCCCUCAGGCAAAUCCAAGUUCGAACUAAAUAUGGCCAAACCUCUUCCAUCCAUUCCACCAACUACUACCGAGCCCUUGGAGGUGACAAUCAUUAUCGGCCAUCCAGACCACUCUCCUUUGAAGCUUCACCUAUUCGACUUGAUCCUUCCCGCGUCAGGUUCUUUGCCUCAACACCCGGACGAAGCAUCAUUCCACCUGCUGCCUACUAUUCACCAUACCUUCCGUCUCCCACCUAAGACGCCGCCACAAUUCAUUUCGGCCGUCUUCGCUGCACUUACUCUUGCUCCAUGGCUAGUCCUUUCUGCACUGUGGAGCCAAGUUUUCCCUGGCGUUCCCCACCUCUUUUCUCCCAGAAUCCUUCCAUUCAUCGCAACACUGGGUGCCUUCGAGGUCCUUCUCGUCUACUAUUGGGUCGGUCUCAAACUGGGCCAAGUUCUCUUGUAUGGUAGUGUGUUGGGUCUCGUGACGGUCUUCACUGGUAAUACUGCACUUUCAAGCAUCGGUGCUCGCCGUGUGGGCAUAAGCUCCAAAUGA